UAAAAGGCGUGUCUAAACAUACAAAUAUCUACGCGUGUUACGUCACAUCACAGUUAACCCGAGCGGUUUCAUCUGGCCGGCGGAAGACAUGACGUUUAUCAUUCCUUCCAUUCUGAUCCUCUCGGCAUCGGUCUGCUUCACGAAUGCCGGAAAGUACUGUGGCAAUGGAUUCUCCUACGGAUAUUGCCCGGACUGUUGCUGCAAUAGUUACAGUAACGACUGCUGCACUUGUGCUCUACAUGCAUGGGUGGUGGCCGUGAUUGUUAUUUCUAUUAUUGUUCUUAUUGCCAUCGCUGUGGGCGUUGGUGUGUGGCGUCGACGAGUAUACAUUCAGAGACGGACAAUUAUUACUGCAGGAGCUCCUACACAGAAUGUCUGUGUGGCGACGUCUUCACAGCAGCAGGCUGCUCAAUCUGCUUAUCCACCUCAGGGUUAUCCACCUCAGGGUUAUCCUCCUCAGGGAUAUCCACCCCAGGGAUAUCCACCCCAGGGAUAUCCUCCCCAGGGGUACCCUCCCCAGGGAUAUCCUCAGCAAUCGUUCUACCCUCCUCCGGAAUAUCCAGGUGGUGAUGUCAAACCUCCAGCGACCUAUCCGGAGUACUGAUUGUGAGGUAACAUGAUGUGGAGGUGACAUUCAAUUUGCUGCUUAAUUAAGGGUAGAUGGUAGAUGUGUUAGGUGGUGCUGGUUGCUGGGUCGGUGACAGUUUGUAUGUGCUGUGCUGGUCGUAUGCGUUUUCUCUCAUAACAGUCGUUAUGUAUUCUGUUAGUAGGUUUGUAGUUUGGGUGACUCUUAGCGUAUCAACCAUGGAUGUGUUUUGAAAUGUCGGUUAUAUAAUAAAACAACUGCAUGUCAUCAAAUAGCAA